AUGAAGAGGACAUACACGUACGAGUACGAUACCGACGUCGUCAUGGACGAUGGCGCCGUGAUCCGCACCACCGUAACCAACUCCGGCGACGCCGUCAAGCGCUACCUCCGGGAGGUCCGCAAGCACGGCCAGCGCCUCACCGUCGGCCUGGACACCGAGUGGGUCGUCCACGGUAAGGGCGGGCGCGGCGCCCACAGGAUGGCCGUGCUGCAGCUCUGCGUCGGCCGCCGCUGCCUCGUCUUCCAGAUCGCCCGUGCCGACUACGUCCCCGCCGCCCUGCGAGCCUUCCUCGCCUGCCCGGACCACAGCUUCGCCGGCGUCGGCGUCGGCGGCGACGUCGAGCGGCUGUACGUCGACUGCGGGCUCGUGGUCGCCGGCGCGGUGGACCUGCGGCACGUCGCGGCGGAGGUGCUCGCCCGGCCGGAGCUCAGGAACGCGGGGCUCAAGACCCUGGCGCGCGAGGUCAUGGGCGUCCACGUCGACAAGGAGAAGCGCGUGACGCUGAGCGGGUGGGACCAGCCCCUGUCGACGGAGCAGGUCCGGUACGCCUGCAUCGACGCGUUCGUGUCCUACGAGGUCGGCCGGCUGCUGCUGCUGCGCGCGGGAGGUGCAGCGUUGUCACAGUUUGUGUCCUUUGAGUUGCCGUGA